UGGAUGUGCAUUGGACCGGUGGGAGCUCCGAAGCAUGUAAGAUGGACCAAGCAGCCGUCGGACCCGGUGCGAUUCUGUGGUAUACACCCCCCUCCCCCGUCACCCUACACGCCAUUCAUUCCCCGGUUCCAUUUUGUUCCUUAUUAACCUGAUACAGGCUUUUCUGGCCUGGAACUACUGCGAUCGCGGGCUACAGCAUCCCCGUUCGAAGACCCAGCCCGGCAGGACAUGACAUUGAGGAAACCACCAAAGAUGCCUUUAGUUCUAACGACAAAUAUGCCCUCGUUAAUAGAGACCUGGGUGGGGACGACGGUGACAGGAGAUUCUCCUCCCGUCACGGACGUAGUGGAAGUGUGACCAGUUACGAUGCUCACCACGGUAACCCUAUUCCUUGGGGCGGUGAAGGAAGCGCGUAUAAUGGAAUUGGAGGACAUGGACCAGUGGCAUGGGGGAGGAUAGAAGAACCCCCUCGGGGUUAAGCAUGCCCAUCGCUCCAGAUGAGGACCAUAACUACAGGGGGGGCGACAGUGAACUAGGAUCUUUUCUGCGUUUUCCUUUUGUCUUCCGGUAUCAUUUUCCAUUUUUCCACUUCAUUUCCUGGCCAGGUUUUCAUUUUGACCCUGGUGCGGAUGGGAUGGGCUUUCUCCUUUUGUGUUUUAUAUAUCCUUGGGCAUAGAACAAUGGAAAAUAGCUUUUCAACUUGUAUUGAGUACAAGCGGGAGAUUUCUUGC